AAAAAAAAGAAACAAACUGACUGUGACCAUCCAGCACAAAACGAACUAAGCAACUAAAGCAAAGCAAAUUACGAGUAAGCAACCAUGAUGACUGUAAAGGAAGCGUUGUUGGAAAAUGAUACCGUGACUACCACUGUGGAAGACGAAGUGGUGGAACACAACCACGACACGAUCGCUUUGGGCAUGUGGCCGCCACAAGGCAUCGAGUGGAUUGAGAUGGACCCACAGGGAUAUUUGAAUCUCCAGGCAUGUCCCAUGAGGGAUCCUCAAAGACUCAAACUCCAAUGUCACGCUGGAGGGUUCUGGAUGGCCAAACCCGAGCAUAUCCAAAAACUGGCCAUGUCGCUACGGUCAUUUGCGGGAAUGGUCGAUAUCAUUGUACAGGUCGAUCCUACCAUGGAUCCACAACGCUUCAUGGCCAUUUUUCUACCCACACUGGUACUUCCAUUUGUGACCAACAAUUCCGAAACGUUCACUGUGGAAUCCUUUCAACAACCCAAUGUCAUUCAUUUGGGACGUCAACACGAUGGGUCCAAACUCACCAUUGCCUUUAUGGAACACCCCGAUAUCAUUCCGAGCAGAAUUCGUCAGUGGGAUCCAUUGCUACAGACUAUCAUGGGAAUGCACACGUUGGGACAAGUAUCCUAUCUUUCCUUGCCAACCCGGACACUGUCCGUGCAAGGGCUGCUGUCCUCGUCCUCGACACUGCAAAAUCUCACCGUCACGGGGCCCGGGGGAAACCAAGUCACCGUGCCGGCAGAAUUCUGGAGGCAGCUAUCAUCACAUCCAAGCAAGAAAAGGCGCAAGUUGGAGGUUCCACCCAAGUCACCACUUUUACCGUUAGAGAACCUACAGGUCCUUUGUCUGGAGAAACAGCAACUGGAUCCCAUGGCGUGGUGGACCAUGUGCCAAUGGCUGGCGGCAAACCAAACCGUUCAAGAUUUGAGGCUCAAGUACUGCCGAGUGGUGGUGGUGGCUGCCCUCCCCUCAUCGCCGCCACCACAAGAAGAAGUAACACAUGAGGAUCCGUGGGAUCCACUGGUGGACGUGCUGGUCCGCAAUCGUUCCCUCCGAAAAUUGUUCUUGGAUGUAAAAUGGCAAACACCAGCAUCCAAUGGCAGCAGCAGUAGCAUUCAAAUUAAGAGAGGCGAUUCGUUUUCCACGGCGUGGAUUGCAAAAGUGGUGGGAGCCCUGUACCAGAACUUGUCACUCCAACAUUGGAAGAUCACAAACAAGCCGCUUCCGCAAUCGAUCCAGGACCGACUCAUGAUGAACUAUUGCGGUCUCAAUGCUUUGGCUUCGAAAGCUCCGAGAAUUGUAGAUACUGAUGCUUAUUGCGGUCCCAAAAUAAGCAGUGUGUCCCGACAAGAGUUGCUGACAGCAAUUUUGGCUGCCUUGGAUCCUCAGUUGGAACAGACAACCUUUGAACCACCCAGCUUUCACUUGCAAUAUACACCCCUCAACGGUCUCUUUGUGCUCUUCCAGGACAACCCCAAGCUGAUUGACUUUUUUGUUCCUACAAACUAA